AUGGCUUGUGCUCACCUGACCCAUUCCAAUAUCACUCAGAAUUUGCAGGGAAAAUUCAUCCAUAAAGACGAAUGCACAAAAUGUUUCGCAACAUCUGUAAAUUUUCAUUUACUCUCCCCCUCCAUGUAGAACAAAACAUUAGAAAAAUCCCUAUUUUUGCACAAAAACCCACUCUCCAUAGGCGAACAAAACAUUUUUACGGGAAAAAAAAUUUGAUUAAUUUUAAUAAUGAUGUAAUUUUUAAAAAAAAAAUUAACCGUCCUCUAUAAGUGAAUACAAUUUUUUUCUUCUUCACUCAAGAGGGGGCAUUUAGAAAUCCGAGCACGGAAUCGACAUUUGCUUAAAAUGCUUCAAUGGGUCUUGUCCAGAUUUACACUCAUCCCAGCACUAUCUAAGUCAGCAUCAUCCUAUUGCCCUUCACCUAGAAAUGGUUAAAAGGCCUAAGGCAUCAGAAGAGCCUCAACAGAUUUCUAAGCUCGCAAUUGGAGUUCCAGGAGGAGCAGGAUACUCAGCUGAUGAAUGGGAUCCCCACACUCUCCUAAAAUGCUUAGCUUGCAACAUCUUCCUCAAUCCUACUGCAGAAAUCCGGCAGCUGAUUAAUUCUAUACUUAUGGCUAACUCAGCAUUAUUCCAAUCAUCAGUAGAUGCAUGGGAAUUGGAGUUACAGCCGUGUGAGCAUACUUUAUUAUUAGAACAAUUACCAAGACAGUUAGCAGAAAAAAGUUUGGCUUCUUGUAAUAGCUGUGAUUUAAAAGCAAAUUUGUGGCUUUGUAUGGUGUGUGGGAAUUUAGGAUGUGGAAGGAAAAAUUAUGAUGGGUCUGGAGGGAAUGGGCAUGCUUUGACUCAUUUUCAAACUACUGGGCAUGGAGUUGUCUGCAAAAUAGGGACGAUUACGCCAGAAGGUACAGCUUCAAUCCAUUGCUAUAACUGUGACAACGAAGUUUUAGACCCUUCUCUUGCAGAUCACUUAAAAACUUUUGGAAUUCUAAUUCAGCAGCAAGUAAAAACAGAAAAAACUAUCACAGAAAUGGAAUUAGAAAGCAAUAUAAACUUAACCUUGUCUAAAGCAGUUGAAGAAGGCAGAACUUUAUCUCCAAGAUAUGGCCCUGGAUAUACUGGGAUGGAAAACUUACUCCCCUCCAUGAGCGAACAAAAAAUUUUGUUCACUCAUGGAGGGAGUUAUUUUUUUUAAAAAGAUUUAUCUAAAUUUUAUACUAAAUUUUUUUUUUUUGAAAUUUAAAAAUAUUCCAAUUCGCAAAAAUUGGAAAGCAAAUAUUCAUUUAAUUUGUAAAAUUUAUGUUUUAAAAUGCAAUUUGUUUAAAAUUUAACAGAAUUAGCUAGAGAUUUCAUUAUACUAAUUAUCACUUAUAUAUCAAAUUUUUUUUUUUUUUUUUUCAUAAAAAUUUUUUGUACCCUCGUAGAUGGUGGAUUUUUGGGCAAAAAAUAGGGAUUUUUCCAAUGUUUUUUUUUCGUUAUGGAGGGGGAGUUAGGAAAUUCUUGCUAUCUUAACUCAGUAAUCCAGCUGAUAUUUUCUUUUCCUGAAUGGCAGCAUCGGUAUACAGAUGAAGACCACUUAAACGGAUGCAAGUCAAAUGAUCCUUCACAAUGCUAUUUCUGUCAGCUUAAUAAGCUUGGACUUGGAUUAUGGAGUGGAGAGCACUCACUUCAGAAAUGGACAGAACCAGUCAACACUGUUACAGGAGAAAUCAUCCCACCAACUGAAUACCAAGACGGAAUCCGCCCUCAGAUGUUCAAAGCGUUGAUAGGAAAAGGCCACCCCGAAUUUUCUUCUGCAAGACAGCAAGACGCUUAUGAAUUUUUCAGCCACUUUUUAAGUGUAGGCCAAAAAGCUGAAAAAGCAGCUGGUAUAAUUAGCUCAUACCCAGGAAAAAUUUUUGAAUUUAAGCUGGCAACCAAAAUGAAAUGCUUAAAAUGCCAUGGAGUUAAAUACAACAGCGCCAAUAGUACUGUAAUAUCUGUUAGCGUUCCUAUUGACUUAAAAGAAGAUGGCCCAAAUGUUGUCGUUGACUUUGACAGAGUUUUAAAUACAUUUACCCAGGCAGAAAUCGUGGAAUAUAACUGUCCUAAUUGUAAACAAACUACGAAUUUUUCGAAGCAGUUUAUGUUUGAAACUUAUCCAAAGGUCCUCGUCGUUGUGGUUAAUAGAUUUGUAUGUCCUGAUUGGGUACCUAAAAAACUGGAGUGUGGUGUAAAUGUCCCAGUUGACCCAUUUUCGCUUGAAAAUAUGAGGCUGGUUAAAGGAAACGAGCAAGAGCUGCUUGGGUCUUCUGAAGAAGAUUCAGGACCGAAAUUUGAUCAAGGGCUUUUAAAUGAGUUAUUGAUGUUCGGAUUUGGCGAAAAUAUAGCGAAAAGAGCAUUAAUCACUACCAGUAAUAGAUCACUUGAAGAAGCCACUAAUUGGAUAGUGGAAAACUUGGAAAAUCCUGAAGCAAAUGAACCAUUAGUCUCUUCUAGUAGCCAAGGACCUCAAAUCAGCCAGGACUUAAUUGAUAACCUUACAGCUAUGGGAUUUUCUGCUAGCCAAGCUAAAAAUGCUUUAAAAAAUUGCAACUGUGACCCUGAAAGAGCUGUAGACUAUCUCUUUUCUCACCCUGAUGAUGAUAUGGAAGUAGAACAGCCUCAAGUACAAGAAGAAGUAGGAGAUAAAGGCCCCGCAAAUUAUCAGCUUCAAGGAGUUGUGACUCAUUUAGGCGCUUCUGUGCAUUCUGGUCAUUAUGUCGCCCAUAUUUUGAAGGAAGGAGAAUGCAUCCUCUUUAACGACAUCAAAGUUGCAGCAUCGUCUGAUCCUCCGCUUGGAAAAGGCUAUCUUUAUUUCUUUAGAAAACUUAACUAA